CGAAAUGCCAUACAUAUGGAACAAACAUACAACUACUGGCUGCGAUUGCCUGCCACGCAACAUGACCAACCAGGUGAGUCUGUAGUUAACGUCGCCCUGCCACUUGUAGAAGUUGAACGCUGAACCCCGACGUAUGACAGAUGCUCCUUGAUCCGUCGAAUGAUUGUCCUGACGAGUCACUGUUCGCCAUUUACCACUCCACACAAACCUCUCGCGCGGUCGCCACACGAAAUUUUAUUGGCGCCCUGCCCAUUGAGCUCCUGCUGGCAAUAUUCACACAUCUUUAUCGGUCAUCUCGUUGUCUCACUCAAACUGGUGAGACAUGGAGAUUAGACGACCCUCUGUCAUCGUUGUUCCCCUACGCCCCGGCCGCAGUAUGUUCGAUGUGGUGUUCGGUAUUGUCGCGUGUUCCAGAGUUCUGGACUCGUGUGGUCAUCAGAGUUGACUCCCAACAUACACAAAUUCGAGAUGUUCGACAUUAUUUCAAGUGGUCAAGGAAUCUUCAUCUGGAUGUUAUCAUCACCAGGCAUCACGAUGAACUCGAUGGAGAUGCCAAGAGGGAGAAUUCAAAAGUCUUCGACGCAACCGGCGAAGUCAUUAGGAAUAUUGAGCGAUGUAAAAGCAUCUGCUUCAACGUGAUGUACAGCUCGUCAUUGCCAUCCAUACUCAACGACUUUACUCAAGAAACGGCUCCUCAUCUGCAUACCUUGAAGCUCGAAUGUAAAGUUGACGAUGGCGGAACACCGCGUCAGAAGCUUGUGCAUUGGAGUUUUGAUGCACCCGGUCUUCACCACCUCUAUCUAGAUGCCCGAAAUUUUUUCGACGUCUGUGUAGACCGUAACAACUGGCUCCCGCGCCUACACGUCUUAAGCACACUUUCAGUUUCUCGCUAUCGCCACCUUUCAGGGGAGGGCAUUGAUUUAUACAAGCUGUUGAGGGCAAUAGAGGAAUCCCCUUCCCUCGCAUACUUGGAGCUCAAGGACCUACACUUCUCUCGCCUGCGUCCUUGGACCAUAGUGAAUGAUAUUAGUAUUGAACUGAUGUCUAUGAAUCUGGAGGACCUAUCAGGCGAGGCAUUCUCGGAAAUCAUCGGUUGUGUCGACAGUGUCCCAGAUACAACUCGCAUUUCUCGCUGCGCUAUUACUACUUGCCACCACUCCCUAAUGUCUGGUGGCGUUGCCUUCCAUGAUAUCUCGGCCGACCAAGAUUUGAUGAUUCCUCUUGCCCAUUGGCGCGGACGCACACUCUCACUUGACAAUUGUGCAUGCUUCCAUGAUGAUUUCCUGCGAGACAUGAUAGACGGAGGACCACACGACCAAUCUUUUGCAUGCAAGGGGGUGAAAGAGUUGUACCUUGUCAACUGCACGAAUUUUUCCCCAAGGCUGCUCAAGACUAUGGUGCUAAAGCGGAGGAAGCUAGCACGCAGAUCCAUUUUCUGGAGACACGAUCAAGAAACUCUUGAUUGGGCAUUUCCAAUUGUGGCACCCAUCACAUUGAUAUCAGUCGAAAGUGGACCAGUGUUAUCCAAAAAGGACAGGAAGUGGUUUGACAAGAACCUUGGGUCGUUUCACUGGGAUGAGCAAGUGCUACAUAGUCCGUUCGAGGAUUCUAGCGAUAGCGACUAUGACAUUUACGGCCCAUAGUAGCUUGGAUGACCGUACUAAAUCAACCCAUUAGGUAUAUAGUGCUUGAGUACAGGUGAUGAUUUAUGCUCGCAACGAGACAAUUUUGAAUGAACGAGCGGGAACUACUGAAUUAGUACUUAACGUGUUCACACUUGCUUCUUCAAAGUUUCACACCGC